AUGUCUGCUGACCUAGGCACCAAUUCCGCGCCGCCGAAUCUCAACCUCUCCCCCGAAGAGAAGCGAGUCUAUGCUCAGCUGUUCCGUCAAGCUGAUACAGAAGGCGCUGGUUUUGUUACGGGCGAUGCGGUCGUAGCCUUGGCUGAGAAGACGAGACUUCGAAAUGAUCAGUGUCAGACAAUAUGGCAGAUCGCGGACAGCGAAGACCGUGGUUUCCUUACACCAACUGGCUUCAGUAUCUUUCUACGUUUAAUCGGCCAUGCUCAGGCAGGGCGGGAGCCGACAGCCGAAUUAGCCCUUCAACAAGGUCCGAUACCCCGAUUUGAGGGCUUUUGGACAUCGCCCUCGCUGGGCUCACCCACCUCCUCAGGCCCAGCGCCGCUGCAAGCUCAGGGUAGCGGCGGCGCCGGCAGAAUACCUUACUUGACUCCCGACAAGGUGUCAGAAUACGCAGCGAUAUUCGAGCGCCUGCCGUUGCAAGCUGGUAGACUGCAUGUCGAACAGGCCAGGCUCGUCUUGGAGAAGUUUGGCUUGCCCAAAGAUACGAUCCGAGAUUUUUGGCUCCUCACAGGUGUUGAGGAGCGCGGAUACUUUGUUCUUCCUGAAUUUGUCAUUGCCAUGCACUUGUUCACCUCCAUAAAGGCUGGAAAUCUGCGCUCAAUACCCAGGGUCUUACCGCCCGCUUUGUACGAGGCUGCCACCAGGCGCAGUGCUGCGCCCCGUCAAUCGCCUAGCAACACCGGUAUGGGACCGUUACCAAGGCAGUCUAGCGGAUCUGCUCAGUUACGAGUAAGCAGUCCUCUUGGGAGACCGCCAAUCGGACCCGCAGCCAGUGGUGAAUGGGCUGUGUCUGCCGCAGACAAGGCCAAGUUUGAUCAAAUAUACGCCACGGUCGAUAAAACAAAUAAAGGAUACAUUAGUGGGGAAGAGGCCGGUCCAUUCUUGAGGCAAUCAAAUCUACCCGAGGAAAAAUUGGCCCAGAUAUGGGACCUUGCCAAUUUCAACAAUCUAGGACAGCUUACCCGAGAAGGGUUCGCUAUUGCCAUGUACUUGAUCCGACAGCAAAGAAGCGGCGUUGGCGGUGAUCUGCCGGAGACGCUGCCUGAUAACCUCGUUCCUCCCAGCGUCCGCAGCCAGAGGCAGCCUGCUGCGUUUCCCGCGCCUCCACAACCCAAAUCCGCCAUGGACGACUUGUUUGGGCUCGAAUCGUCUCCAAGCCCUGCAGCUGCGCCAGUGCAAACGACCAUGUCUACUGGGGGCUCCAAUGGAAAUGAUCCAUUCGCUGGCGGUUCGGCUAUUCUACCUCCGUCGUCCCCAUUACGAGCAAACACAACAAGUACCACGUUCAAGCCAUUUGUGCCUUCUUCAACGUUUGGCAAAGGUUUGACUGGACCGCCCCAAGGAGAUGCUCCCAAACAGACGGAGGAUCUUCUGGAAGACAAUGACCCAGAAUCCAGCAAGAACAUUACUGGAGAGACCACCGAGCUGGCCAAUUUGUCCAACCAAAUUGGAUCCCUCUCAAGGCAGAUGCAGGAUGUUCAAAGUAAACGAACUACAAUUCAAGGCGAAGUCAAUCAAACCAAUUCUCAGAAACAAAACUUCGAACAGCGACUGGCGCAAUUGCGAGCCCUGUAUGAAAAGGAGGCUGAUGAUACCCACUCUCUAGAGAAGCAACUGAGAAAAUCACGGGUUGAGACACAAAAGCUUCAGUCCGAGUGCAUGACCCUGGAGGGGACACUUGGAGACGUUCAGUCUCAGCGUCAACAGCUUGCGGCCGCCUUGCAAGCAGAUCAGCAGGAAAAUGCGAACCUGCGAGAACGCAUCCGGGUUGUCAACGGCGAGAUUGCCAAGCUGAAACCCCAGAUCGAGAAGCUCAAGUCGGACAGUCGCCAGCAAAAGGGUCUGGUUGCCAUCAACAAGAAGCAGUUGUCGACAAUCGAAGGAGAACGAGACAAGCUCAAGAACGAAGCUGUCGAACUGGCCAAGGGGGGCGAAGACGGUGCCGGGCAGAGGGAGAGCAAUUCGCCCAUCUCUGCACCUGCACAGGUUGCAAGCCCGGCCUUGUCGGCUGUCAGCGAUAAUAACCCCUUCUUCAAGCGAACGGGAAGCACCGAUAUCAUGGGUGGCUUUGCGUCUCACCCUACCAAAUCCUAUACCGACAAAUCCCUUGAUGAUGUAUUUGGACCGUCGUUUGGAGCAGCGGGGAGCACAGGCACUGCCCUAGCGCCUACCUUUCACCAGCAACAAGAUACUGGAACUUCUGUAGCCAGCGGCGCGUCCUCUCGCACAGGUCGCUCCAGUCCGGUUGUUGGCCGCCAGGGCACGACCAACAUGGAGCCUCCCGCGCCACCUGUGUCACAGCAUAUCAACUCUAGCUCCUUACCGUUGCCCGACAACUCUGAGUCCCUAUCUUCGUCUCGUCAGGUCUCACCGCCUGCUUCGCGAGCCGAGGAGGACCCCUCUGCUGGUAGUACUGGGGAGUCAGCCGCCGAAGAGGGCCAGAAUAGCGAGACACAAGGAGCAACACCUGUUGCCGCUGAGGCACCGGCUGCGUCGGUCGACGAAGCUGCAUCAAAAGCGAAGGCCGAGGCAGCCACUGACCCGGCGUCGAAGCCAGACCCUUUUGGCAACACUGAUCAAGCAAAAGCCAAGGCAGAUUUCGACAACGCUUUUGCCGCCUUCAGCGCCUCCGACAAGGGCAAGGCCGCUGGCGAAUCAGACGUGAAUAAAUCUACUGACGCUUUCAAUACUGAAUUCCCACCUAUUUCCGAAUUAGAACGUGCCAAUGACUCCGAGUCGGAGAGCGACCGGGGUGGUUUUGAUGAUGACUUCACCGCCGCUUCGCCUCCAAACAAGGCCGCUGGAAACAAGAAGGAUGCGGCGACGACGGAAAACAAACAGACUAGGGAAACAUCUGUUAAUGUCGGCCCUGAAGUUCCCGCGAAGGAACCGCUGGAAGAUGCUAAUACGAGUUCCGAACAGCCAUCGUCACCUGCCACCGUCACCAACAGGUCCCAGCCGACGCUGAACGCCGACACCAUUUUUGGAGCAGCUGCUCCAGCUGUCGUACCACAAAAGACGACUGGGAAAUCCGUGUUUGAUGACCUGGACGAUGACUUUGAGGGUCUAGAAGAUGCCAAAGAGGGGUCUGCAGAUGACGACUUUGCCAACAUAUCUCGGGAUGACUUCAAUCCUGUUUCUGAUAGCAGCCCACCAGCCAGCCAAACCAAGAGUGAGACCACGGCGUUUGGCAAUGAAAGCUCGUUCGACUUUGUGUCUCACAGCUCGGCAGCCGGCAGCACUACCCAGCAGAAGACUGCUGACUCUCAUGACUGGAACGCCCUCUUUGCCGGCCUGGCCUCGCCUAGCAAUCUCACCCCCCCUGGCAUUGCUGGAGAGGGCAAUGGCGACAGACACGCUGAGCGUCCGGGCCCUCCUGGUCGAGCUCUUACCGAGCAGGGAGUCCACGAUGAUCCGAUCCUAAAGAGCCUCACGAACAUGGGCUAUUCUCGUUCUACUGCGGUGGCCGCUCUGGAAAAGUACGACUACAAUUUGGAAAAGGUAUGA